AUGGACUGGUAUUCCUGGUUAUCUAAAGCCUGCCUUGACCCGUCACUUGUCUAUAAGUAUGGCCUUGCCUUUUCUGGGAAUGAGCUCCAAAAGGAGGACUUAUCAUACUUCAACCAUGAGUUUCUUCAGAGUAUGGGUAUUUCAGUUGCCAAGCAUAGGCUGGAGAUUCUCAAGCUUGCUAGGAAGGAAGUUAGAGAAGCCCCUAAUAGCCUGUCCAAGCUCAUUUUGGCAAUCAACAAAACCAGAAAGUGCUUCAACAAGUAUGUCAACAAGUUGGUUCACCAUGAGAAUAAUGCGACGAAGCCACUGCCGGAGCCGGUUUCUUAUAGCGAUAAGUGGAGAGAAGCAUUGUCAAGGAGGUGCAAGAGUGAUCACAAGGAGCUGAAGAUAGAGCAUCCAAUGGUAAGAACCAGGGAAAUAGCAAAAUCUGGUCCCUUGGAUUAUAGAGGACCAGAGAAAUUGCUGGUCUCUCCUAGGAGCUUAAAAUUUUCCGGGCCCCUAGAUCGGAAAUUGCAGGAGAAGUUGGUGUUCAGUUAUAGGAGCCCAAUAACAUCUGGUCCAGUUGAUGUUGCAAUGACACAUAGGAGACCAAAAGUUCAUGGUGACAUCAACAAGGAAAAGGCAGGUGGGGACUUAAACCAUAAUACAUUAUGGGCAACACUGUUUGAGGACAUGAAACCUACAUGA